AUGGCAUGGCAUGGGACUGCACUGCACGGCCACUGCAUUGCAACACCUUGCCGUACGCUGCCGGACCCACCAGCCGGCUCUGCGCCACCCGAUGUUGCGCAGCCUGCGGAGCUUGCCCACACACACUCCGGCCAGACCCCGACGCGCUCCCGGGCCGGCGGCAGAGCGCCUGAUGUUGCUGCACACACUACGUCCCAGCACCACCCACGCCCCCUGCAGCAGCUUGGUGCAACCAAGGGCCGCACGCACAGCUGGCUUUUCGUGCCUUUGCUGCAUGCUGCCGUUGGCCGCCUCCACCCUGCUGCACUCACCGCCUGGGAAACCCACGGCUUGUAUGCGCCCCUCUGGCAGCGUGGCCUCACCACCCUUCGCGACGCAGCACCCGUCGAACCAGCGGCGUUGGUGCAUGCACUGCAUACCUUGCAACAACUUGCUACCGAGGAGGGGAGAGCGCUCCCAGUGCCUGAGGCGCAGGUCUUGUUGACCCUCGCCGCUGAAGCUAACACCCUCCCCGCCAACACCCUGGUGCACUUGCUCUGGGCGUGGCAGCUGGUGACAAUGCCUGACGGGUACAUACCGGCCACCGUCCAGGAGGCGCUAUUGCAUGUCUUUAUGGGGGAGCGGGCGGCAUCGGCGCUGUUGCGUGACGUUGCUGCACUUCCUCGCAACGGCCCGGCCCCCGUUGCCGAUGCCCCCCCUCCCCAAGCGCAUGUUGGCAGCCAGACAGCUUUGCACGGCCACCCCUGUGCCGCACAUGCCGAGCCGCAAGCCGGACCUCCCCACGAAUCUCCCAGCUCGAGCACCUCGGACUGUAGCUCGACCAGCUCCAGCACCCCGGGCGCAGCUGACCCUCCGCCCAUGCCUGAUGCACCGUCCCACGGACAUGACUCCGGCGCUGACGCCCGGUUGCGCUACCGGGAUAUCCUUGCGCAGCCUUGUCGCCUGUUCCGGGUCCCCCCGCAUGGUGUGUUGCGAAGCUCCCUUCAUUUGGCUUUGGAUUUGAUUCGGUCCUCCGCCCGUGCUCCAGCUGGACCUGAUUUGGUCCGGGCCUGGAAACUCUGGUUCCUCCUUCCUCGAAUGCCGUUGCACAGUGGUGCCCGAGACCCAAAACCUGUUCUUCUUGCCAGGUACCAAGCGUUCUCCCGGGGUGACUGGGCGUCGCUGCUUCAGGAAGCCCUUUCCCAACCCUCGCCUCAGGGGGCCAGUGGCCGCCGCCCGGCAGCCUCGGACGAUGCGCGGGCACGACGAGCAGUGCACCUCGCACACCUUGGGGAGUUGUCCGCCGCCCGGCAAGCGUUGACAGCCGAUCCGCUUGCACCGUCCACCGAUGCCACCUUCGAGCAGCUCUCUGACCCAAGCCGUCGCCCACCUGAACCGUACGGCCCACUCGCCCCGGAUUUGCUUGCGGGGCAGCCGCCGUCACCCGUUGCACUUGACAGCAGAGCAUUGCUCACCAACUUACGCCGGGCCCGGAGAGGGGCUGCUCCUGGGCCUUCUGGGCUCACUGCCGAAAUUGCACGUGUGGUCUUGGAUGAUGCGGUGUCCUCGCAGGCGUUCGCUGAUGUCGCGACCCUGUUCGCGCAAGCGCACAUCCCUGCUGCCAUCUUGCCCGCGUUUGGACUUGGUCGGGUUGUUGCCCUUUCGAAGCCGAGCGGGGGUACCCGUGGGUUGGUCGUUGGCGACUUCUUCCGGCGCAUUGUGGCGCGCACCCUCGCUCAGCAGUUUGCUGGCGCCGUCGAGGAGGCUUGUCCACACCAGUAUGCCCUUGGCAAUCGUGCUGGCUUGGAUGCAUUGGUUCAUGCUGUGCAGGCUAGGAAGUCCGGUCCCUCCCUGCUGCCGCUGCGCUGCUCCCGUUUGCUA